AUGGACAAGGUCAUUGAUGCGCGCUUCGAGCGUGUUGAGAAGGCUCUUGCCAUUCUCAUCGAAUCGGUUUCCAAAUAUCACCCGCACCCGAAGCAGGCAUUGGACCUGUACGAGGCCGACAAUGAUCUCGCAAAGGGGCUCGACGAGGUCCAAGCCCACCAGAACAAUCACAUCCGCUUGCAGCAGCUCCGAGCCACGACUUCCUCCCUCGAUACCCAAAUCCGAGAGACCCUUCAGAGCCUGGCGACGACCCGUAAGGACAUAACCACCACUCAGAUCACCGUCUAUCCGGACGGACCCAAGUACCCUGUCAAAUAUGAUGAGCUCCUAAACUACGCCCGCCGAAUCAGCAAGACCACGCUGCCGCCCGCCGCUCUCAUCAACGGCGGCAGCCUCACGACCGGCGGAGGCACCCCGGGCCCUGACCUGAACGCAAGCAUGACGACCAACCCCAACACCCCGGGCGCCAACGGCCUCCAAAGCCAACCCGUCAGCGCGGUCCCGACACCGAGCCAGAGCCAGACCCCCGGCCCUUCGGGCGCGCCCAACAGCAGCCCCUUGCAUGACGCCCACCAGGGCAUCCAGCAAACGGCCGCGACGAGCGGCGCGACGUCCUUGCCCGACGGCCUGCGGAACCACCUCAACCCGCACUUCAACGCGAGCUUCAUCCCCUGGCCUAACGAGUUCCAGAUCCGCAGCGGCGCCAUGGCCGUCUACCAGGACCUGUCGGACAAGGGAAUUGACCCGCGGGGCUAUGACCCGCAGCAGAUCGCCGAGGCGAAGCGUAAGGAGGAAGAGGAGCGCAGGGCCCGCGAAGAGCAGGAGAAGCUCGAGAACGAGCGGAAGGAUCGGGAGUACCGGGAGAAGAUGGAGAAGAUUCGCCGCGAGCAGCAGGAGGCGUACCGGCGCGACAGCGUCGCCGCCGGCGCGGGUGCCUCCUCGGCCGGGAAGAGCAAGCAGUUCCAGUUCACUAGUCUCAUGGACGAUGACGACGAUGAUGAGUAG